AUGGCAGAACUCCCAACACGACUGGACGGCCUCCGUCCGAUGAUUGAAGAGUUGAUGCGCAUUGGCGGAACUCCAGGACUCUCGCUCGAAGUCAUGUCAAACGGCAAAUCGGUCUAUGAGGCAAGCUUUGGCGCCCGAGACACAGAAGCCAGUCUACCCGUCACUCAUGAAACGAUCUUUCCGAUUUGUUCGUUGACCAAGGCGUUGACGGCGUCCGCGAUGGCGAUCCUUGUAGAUGAGGGUAAACUCACUUGGGACACACUGGUCAAGGACGUUCUUCCAGCGUUCAAUUCCCGAGACGAGACAAUACAGAAUCACUUGACUGUUACAGAUAUCCUAUCUCAUCGAUCGGGCAUGGCCUGGUGUAGUAACUUGGUUAUCGGGACCGAAAACAACAUUCUCAUUCCAGGAAAGGAUGGGCUGGAGUACAUAAAUUCACAGCCGCGCCUUCUUCCGUUUCGGACCGCAAUGUCCUAUAACAAUCUAACGUAUAACCUGGCGGGCUAUGUCAUCGAGGAAGUAAGUGGCAUGUCAUGGUUCGACUUUGUCCAGAGUCGCAUUCUCGAUCCUCUCGGCCUAGAUCGAACCUACCUGAAGCCUCCACCAUCGGGUAUCCCAGACGUCACCCAGUGCUAUAAUGCACUUGAUGAUGCCUCCGCCGUCCGAAUUCCUCGCCCUAAGGCAGGCCAAGAUUGGUACUCUGGUCCCAGUGGUGGCGCAUGGUCCUGCGUUCGUGAUCUUUCAAAGUUAUACAGAACUUUCAACGCUAGCGUUCAACAUCAAUUCAGCACUGGGAAGAGCGCGACCGAAGGUUCUCCUUUCAAACAGGUUUCGCAUCUCACUUCCGCUAAGAUUCCCAUGGAUCAACCCUCAAGGAAUGAGCUAUCAUAUGCACUCGGAUGGGGGAGAGCCCAGCUGCCUAAUAGACUGGGGCAGAUUGGAAUCAACCAUGGUUUGAUGCCUGAUGGGAUGCCUGUUGCUGGGAAAGGCGUUCCCUCCCAGCUUGUCUUGUUCCACCAGGGCAGCCUUCCUGGCGCCCUCGCAGUGGUGAUUCUACUUCCAGACACUGAUAGCAUGAUCAUUGUUUUGUCGAACUCGUUAGCCCUAAACGAUGUUCCUGAUUGGGUUGGCCAACUCAUCCUUGAAGAGCUCCUCGAGGUCCCGGAAUCUGAGAGAAAUGAUUACAUUCAAGCUGCUCAUUCCUCGGUCGCUGAGAAUUUGAAGUGGUAUCCCACGCUGGAAGCGGAGCUAAGCUCGGCUCGGAAGAACGGAACAUCACCUAGAGCACUGGAGUCGUAUACUGGGACUUACCGGGAUGACAUUGGGGUCUUCAAGAUUGUUGUGGAUUUGGAAGACAAUCAGCUCUACUGGAGGCUGCAAGGUCUUGAUUCGGAGAAGUUCCCACUUGCACACUAUGAAGAUGACACCUUCACGUGGCUACUUCCACGAAACGAGUUAUCCAGACGUGGCCGCUGGGUGGGUUCGGACCAAGGCCCAGAUUUCUGGAAAGCCAUCUUCCAAUCGAGCGACGGUGGGCGUGUUGACAAGUUGUAUUGGGCGCACGACACCGGCGUUCCGCCAGUGGAGCUGACGAAGGAGGAAAAACAAUGA